GGGGGCGGGGGGGCGGAGCCUAAGAGGGUAAGCUCAAAUUUGAAUGUGUGGGGCCAAUGCACUGCCAGACAGAGUCAGUGAGGCAGCAGGACUUGAGGCAAGCCUUCCUUGGCCUAAGACUAAGAAAGACACCCUGGAAUCCACAAUGGACAGCCUCCUGAUGAAGCAGAGGAAGUUUCUCUACCAUUUCAAGAAUGUCCGCUGGGCUAAGGGUCGCCAUGAGACCUACUUGUGCUACGUGGUGAAGCGGCGGGACAGUGCCACCUCCUUUUCAUUGGACUUCGGUCACCUUCGAAACAAGAACGGCUGCCACGUGGAACUGCUCUUCCUCCGCUACAUCUCCGACUGGGACCUGGACCCUGGCCGCUGCUACCGCGUCACCUGGUUCACCUCCUGGAGCCCCUGCUACGACUGCGCCCGGCACGUGGCCGACUUUCUGAGGGGGUACCCCAACCUCAGUCUGAGGAUCUUCACCGCGCGCCUCUACUUCUGCGAGGACCGCAAGGCCGAGCCCGAGGGGCUGCGGCGCCUGCACCGCGCGGGCGUCCAAAUCGCCAUCAUGACCUUCAAAGAUUAUUUUUAUUGCUGGAAUACUUUUGUGGAAAAUCGUGAAAAAACCUUCAAAGCCUGGGAGGGGUUGCACGAAAAUUCAGUUCGUCUAUCCAGACAGCUUCGACGCAUUCUUUUGCCCCUGUAUGAGGUUGAUGACUUGAGAGAUGCAUUUCGUACUUUGGGACUUUGACAGCAGCCUCCAAGAAUGUCACAUAUUAUAAGCUAUCUCUGAAGACAAUGGGUAAAAGGACGAUCUUUCAAGAAGUCUGUUUUUCUUCAACUCUCACUUCCUUAGAGUUUAGAGAAAAAAAUAUUCGUAUACAGGGCUUGUUUAAAAAACAUCUGGAAAGUAGACCAGGAGCACAGGCCCACCGAGGUGCAACCGGUGCGGGUUUUAAUGCAACAGCGCCCUCUACUGUGAAAUGGCAGAAUUGCAGGGCCUGGGAGCGCCUAAAGUGUCCUGUUCUAUGACUUUUAGGCUGGGAGGAAACAGAAGGUAACUCCCUAAAAGCAUGGUGAGAAGAUCAAAUAUUUUUAUAAUCAGUUUCCUCUAUUAUUCGUUCUGAGUUUUUCAAGGAUAUUACUGAUACAUUUUUGUACUCUUUGCCUUUGGGGUUCACUUUCAAGUGAACAGACCUCCAGCAGUCCAUGAUCUAUGUGGAACCACCUAAUGAAAGACUCUGGGUGAUUGUAACCCCCAAACAUCUUCUCAGAGCAUUAAUAUCUAAGCAUGUGCUGUCUGUUUUAAUUGUCUGAGGCACGUUUUCCUGUUUGUACACACAACGGUUUUUUUCUUGGUAUGGAAUAUGCACGAUCACCUUCAGGCUAUUUUAUAAUAAAGGAUCUUAAAAUGAAUAUGAGGACUGACGAAGACGCGCUGAAAGUUAGUGGGUGCUUCAAGUCACACAUCUGGAAACACAGAUCCUUUUUAAAGAAGUCCAUAGUUCAGAAAACACAACCACACAUUUCGCGGGUAAUCAGGUAACACUUGGAGAGGAGUUGCUUCAGUGUUGAAACCAGGCACUUGUUCUCCCCGAUGGGUCUGUUGACUUGAACCGCGUCAACCAGGCCAACAGGUUCCUACUUUAUGUGAUGCUUCUCUCAAAGAAAUGUUCACUAUUUAAGAGAGUGUGAUAAAAAGAGAACAAUAUUUGGGAAGGAUGACAGAGCAUAGCAAAGAAAGAGAGUUUUCUCCAGCAAAAUGUAAGGGAGCCAGCCUAUGGCACAGAGACUGCCUAGGUGUAACAACUAUCCUUGACUGUGAGAAAAAUAGUCAAAGCAACCACGUCACUGUGCAGUUAUCUCCUGGAAACCCUUGCAAUGCAGAUAAAUAGAUCCACAGGACAAGUUGAAUGCACAAUCGUAUUGUCCUACAAAUACAAACGGGUGCCGGGGCCAGUCAGUAAAAGAAUAUAAGUUCUUUCAACAAACAGCUGGGACAAUGGAUAUCUAUAGGCAAAAGAAUCAAUGUGGAUCUCUACCACAUGCCAUAUAUAAAAGUUAACUCAAAAUGUAUCAACUGCCUGCAUGUAAGAACUACAGACUAUAAAACCCUUAGGAGGAAACAUAGGUGAAAAUCUUCGUGACCUUGGAUUUGACAACAGUCUCUAAAAUAUGACACCAACAGCACAAGCAACAAAAGGGAAAAAAAAUAGAGAGAUUGGAUUUCAUUAAAAUGAGAAGCUUUUGCACAUCAAAAGAUAGUAGGAAGGAACUGAAGAGACAGCUUGCAAAAUGGGAGGAAAUAUUUGCAAAUAGUGAGUCUAGUAUGCAGAAUACAUAAAGAACUCUUAUAACCCAUAACAAAAAUCAACCUAAUUAAAAAUGACCAGAAGACUCAAAUAGACAUUUCUUCAAAGAUGAUACACACAAAUGUCUAAUAAGCACAUGAAAGAUACCCCUUAGUCAUUAGGGAACAUUCUUAGUCAUUAGGGAAAUGCAAAUCAAAGCCACAAUGAGAUACCACUCAUACAAUUAGGAUGGUUAUCAACAACAAGAAAAGCAAUAAUAACAAUUGUUGCUAAGGCUGUGGAGAAACUGGAACUUCUAUGUAUUAACUGGCAGAAAUGCACAACUGUGAGGCCACUCUGGAAGACAGUUUGGUGGUUCCUCAAAAGAGAAUAAAAGACAGAAUUAUUGCAUGACCCAGCAAUUGCACUUCUAGGCAUUUAUCCAAGGGAUUAACGUUUUGUUUUUUGCUUUUAAUUUAAGUAAUCUCUAAACCCCACGUGGGGCUCAAACCCGUGACCCUAAGAUCAAGAGUCUCACACUCUACCGACUGAGCCAGUCAAGCACCCCUACAUCCAAGAGAUUAAAAGCAGUGCUCACUUCGGCAGCACAUACACCAAAAGGUUAAGAGCGUUGUGUGGAAACAAAAACUUGUAAGUGAGUGCUUACAGCGGGGGUAUUCAUGCUAGAAAAGUAGGAACACCAAAUGUCCAUCAGGUGAUGGGUGAAUAAACAAACGUGGUAUCUCCAUCCAAUGGUAUCGUAUUCGGUCAUAAAAAGGAAUGAGGUACGGAUACAUGCCACAACAUGGACGAAUCUUGGAAACAUGAUGCCAAAUGAAAGAAAGCCAGACAGAAAAUGCCACACGUCGUACGAUUCUGCCUAUUUGGGAUGUCUGGAGCAAGCAAACCCACAGAGGCAAAGCUUAGUGGUUGACAAGAGGGAGAAGGGCAUGGGAAUUACUGAACGCAUACGGCGUUUCUUUGUGGGGUGACGAAAAUGGUCUAGGAUUCGAUAGUCGUCAUGGUUGCGAGCCAUUCUGAAUGUCCCCCCAAACCACUAACUUGUAUAUUUUAAAGUGGCUAAGAUUUGCGUGUGUGUGUGAAUCGACAGAUGAAUUUACAAAUGUGGAUUUUACGUUAUGUGAAUUCUAUCUCCACUUUUGUUUAUUUAUUUUUUAAUGUUUUAUUUAUUUUUGAGA